GCAUAAAAUGGGGAGAGAGGACAUUUCUUUAUUGUUUUUUUCUCUCCUACUGUGCUCAUCAAUUUUUGCCUUGACGCCUCUGUGGCAAGUGUCAGCACUAUCAGCUGUACUCUCAGAAACUGAUCCCCUCUCCAUUUUCUGGCUUGUAAGUCUUGGGUUGGUUUAGUUGCAGGUUUUGCUUUUCCCUUCCAAGAAAUUACUACUCCCAUGAAAUAAAGUCAAGAAAUGCAGCUUCAUCUGUCAUCUGCCACCCCUCUUUCUCUCUCUGGAAAAGAAGAGUCACCACCCAGCAUAGAACUGUCUUUAGGCUAUGGAGAUUCAGGCCAUGUGAUUAAGGAAGAAGAAAAAAGUGCUAAUGACAAGUCUGUGUUUACAUCAGCUCAGUUUUAUCAACUCCAGGUCCAAGCUGUGAUUUUUAAGUACAUAGUUUCUGGUCUUCCAGUUCCUUUUCAUCUCUUUUUCACCAUUUGGAGUAGUGUUUCCAGUUCCUUGGGCUUUGCUGACGGUGGAAUCUACAAACUGUAUCCUACCUUGGGACGAUUUGAUUAUACGAGCAUGACAGAUCCUGAACCAGGGAGGUGUAGAAGAACUGAUGGGAAGAAAUGGAGGUGCAAAAGGGAUGUGAUUCCAGGUCAGAAGUACUGUGAACAGCAUAUGCAUAGGGGUCGACGUUCAAGAAAGCCUGUGGAAGCUUCCGAAUAUGUUAUGAAAUCAGAUGAUAAAAGUAACACUUCCAAGAGAAUCAAACCGUAUGCUAGUUCUGAUGACCCUGGCAGCAAAUGUGCUCCUACCACUAGUAAAAUUUCCUGUUUGUCUUCUAGUACCAGAAAUAACCAAAACAACAGCAUCCAGGACUCAUCUGCUAUACCAAGAUUCAUCAGUUCCAGCAACGUUGGUGAGAAACAAGACAAACACAUGACUUGCAAUAGAAAGGACACAACAACUUGCCUAAGAAUCCCAUCUUUCUUCGCUGGUAACAAUGCUGAUAGCAUGAAGAUUGAUUCCAAUCGUAUUAGUCCAUGCAAAACCAACCAAAGCAAGAAUUAUGAAGAUGCUAGGAAUUAUGGCGGUUUGGUUCCAUUUAAUGGAAUAUCUGCGAAGAGUGAUCAGCAACAUACUACAGAAACUGAAGGGCAGAGGUGCAGAAGAUCAGAUGGUAAGAAAUGGAGAUGCAGCAGGAAUGUUGUUCCUCGUCAAAAGUACUGUGAGAUUCACAUGCACAGGGGUGCCAAAAGAAAAAGGGUAGCAGCCUCUGACUUGGUUGUUGUCCCGCCUUCUAAGCCUUCCUCGUACAGAUUUUGCCAACCCGAAAAUGAUGCUACUGGAAGAAACUUGAACACCAGUCUCUCCAUCUACACACUCCCAGGUCCUCAAAACAUUACAGAUGAUGAUUCUAAUAGUAACAGUACUAGUGAUGCCACCACUAUAACCGAUGAAAUACCAGCAUUUGUGUCGCAUUAGUUGAAAAUCGCGGAGACUUUGUGAUGUCUUUUUUGGCAAGAUGUGUGAACUUGAGAAGUGAUCAAAGUUGUUUUGUGUAGUAGUUACCGAUGGUCAUGUACAAGUCCCUAGUUUGUAGAUGUUUAGAUUGAAACUUCCGUUUUGUAAUAGGUUAUCGAUGGUCAUGUACAAGUCCCUAGAUUGUAGAUGUUUUAGGAUUGAAAAUUCCGUUUUGUAAUAGGUUUGUUGGGAUCAGAUGGACAUGAACUUUUCCUAUCUCCGGCCGCGCGAAUUGAUGACUACUUUUAGAAGGUCUGAGCUCCGUAUUCGAAAAUUUUCUUUUUCAGGAUGGUAUCUUAUUGUGAUUUGUGUAUGAAUUUAUCUAUCACUCAAUAUGAAGACUGAUAGUGCGGGGAAUUAAGAUGUGUUAUUACCAGGA